AUGGGAGCUCGUUGCUCCAAAUUCUCAGGUUGUUGGUGGGAAUCUCAAUUUAAACCCACAGACCUUGAAUCAUCUGAUCUUGAGAAUGGAAGCAAAAGUAAUCAAGACACAAUACCUGGGUUCUGUGAAUAUACUUUUGAACAACUUAGGGUAGCUACAAGUGGUUUCUCUGUUGAUAACAUCGUUUCUGAACACGGUGAGAAAGCACCUAAUGUUGUUUACAAAGGGAAACUCUCUAAUGAUAGAUUCAUCGCUGUUAAGCGUUUUCAUAAAGCUGCUUGGCCUGAUUCUCGUCAAUUCCUUGAAGAAGCUAAAACAGUGGGUCAUCUUCGGAAUGAACGAUUAGCGAAUCUAAUCGGAUGUUGUUGUGAAGGUGAUGAGAGAUUGUUGGUUGCUGAGUUUAUGCCUAAUGAAACACUUGCCAAACAUCUAUUCCAUUGGGAGGCUCAACCCAUGAAAUGGGCAAUGAGAUUGAGAGUAGCAUUGUAUUUGGCUGAAGCGUUGGACUAUUGCAGCGGUAAAGGGAGAGCAUUGUAUCAUGACUUAAAUGCUUAUAGAGUGCUAUUUGAUCAGGAUGGUAACCCUAGGCUAUCAUGCUUCGGUCUCAUGAAAAAUAGUAGAGAUGGGAAGAGUUACAGUACAAACUUGGCUUUUACCCCUCCAGAAUACAUGAGGACUGGAAGAGUAACAGCAGAAAGUGUAGUUUACAGCUUUGGCACCCUGUUGCUUGAUCUUCUUAGUGGCAAACAUAUUCCCCCGAGCCAUGCACUUGAUUUAAUACGCGGCAAAAAUUUCCUGAUGUUGAUGGAUUCUUGCUUGGAGGGUCAUUUUUCAAAUGAUGAUGGAACUGAACUUGUGCGAUUAGCUUCACGUUGUUUGCAAUAUGAAGCUCGUGAGAGGCCAAACCCAAAAUCACUUGUGACUGCACUCAUUGCUCUUCAAAAAGAUACAGAGGUUCCAUCAUAUGAGUUAAUGGGUAUCUCACAAGGAACUGCAUCAGCAGCAGAGUCAUUAACAUUAACACCUUUUGGUGAAGCUUGCACUCGAAUGGAUCUCACUGCCAUUCAUGAAAUACUAGAGAAGGUCGGAUAUAAGGAUGAUGAGGGAAUUGCAAACGAGCUUUCUUUCCAAAUGUGGACAAACCAAAUGCAGGAGACCUUAAACUCUAAGAAACAUGGGGACACAGCUUUUCGAGCUAAAGAGUUCUCAACCGCAAUUGAAUGUUAUACGGUGUUUAUUGAUGGUGGGACGAUGGUAUCACCAACAGUAUUCGCAAGGCGCUGCUUGUCUUAUUUGAUGAAUGACAUGCCACAAGAAGCCCUUGGGGAUGCAAUGCAAGCCCAGGUGAUUUCGCCUGAGUGGUCCACCGCAUUCUACCUACAAGCGGCUGCCCUUUUCAGCCUUGGAAUGGAUACUGACGCCCAAGAGACGCUUAAAGAUGGAACAACCUUGGAGGCCAAAAAGAACAGCAAAAGCUGAAACUGUAUAGGUUUUUCUUUUUGCCUGUUUGGUCUUUUUGUUUUCUUUCUUGUAUGUAUUUGCUUCCUUUUUUCUUAUCCUUCACUGUUCAGAGGUGUUUUUUGUCGCGCCUGAACAUUCUUUUGAGAAGUUUAUGCUGGGGUUGACUUUUAGUGUUCCUGUUGUAACUCCAUCUUGUUGGAGCUCUGAUCACAAUUUAAUUUAAGAAGUGGCUGAGAGGUUGGUACUUUCUGUUUUAUGGGCUACUGUACUGCUGUAUGUUCUCUGUGAGCUUGGCAGACCACUCCCUUCACUUUCUCUUUCUAUAUUGAAUCACUGUCCAUAUUAUGAUA